UUCUUAACCCUAAUCUGUUUCGUUUUCUUUCCUCUCGGACUGAAGGGUAUACUGUCUUUGCGAAGGCGAAGAUUCGAAAAUGAGUAAGCUUCAGAGUGAUGCACUGAGAGAAGCUAUCUCAUCUAUUUUCACUGAUAGCAAUGAGAAAAAGAGAAAGUUUACUGAGACCAUUGAGCUUCAGAUCGGACUGAAGAACUAUGAUCCUCAGAAGGACAAGCGUUUCAGUGGUUCUGUGAAGUUGCCACAUAUUCCCCGUCCCAAGAUGAAGAUAUGCAUGCUUGGGGAUGCCUCACACAUUGAAGAGGCUGAGAAGAUUGGUCUAGAAUAUAUGGAUGUGGAAGGCUUGAAAAAGCUAAAUAAGAACAAGAAAUUGGUGAAGAAACUUGCCAAAAAAUACCAUGCCUUUUUGGCAUCAGAAUCUAUAAUCAAGCAGAUUCCUCGUCUUCUAGGCCCCGGUCUCAACAAAGCAGGAAAGUUCCCAACAUUGGUGACACACCAAGAAACGCUUGAAUCUAAAGUUAAUGAGACCAAGGCGAUGGUCAAGUUUCAACUGAAGAAGGUCCUUUGUAUGGGAGUUGCUGUUGGAAACGUUUCCAUGGAUGAGAAGCAAGUCUUUCAAAAUGUUCAAAUGAGCGUCAAUUUCUUGGUUUCUUUGUUGAAAAAGAACUGGCAGAAUGUAAGUUUGUCUGUGUAUCUCCCAACUCAACUCCAUCUGUUUCAUCAUUUUGCUUAUGGAGAUUUGAAUACGGUUUCUUGCAGGUUAGGUGCCUGUACCUGAAAAGCACAAUGGGGAAGUCAUAUCGGGUUUUCUAAGCACUGUUAGCAAUGUAGUCAGUCUUGUGUGUUCGAUCUUUUUAUUAUCGACGUUAUUUCUCGAAGAGCAGUUUUGUGAAAUGAGCGUUUUUGAAUGAUUCUUGAACAAAGAAACAGGAAUGUUUUCUUCUCUUUUAAAGUGACAAUUGAUAAUGAAGUUUUUAAUUCCCACCCAA